AUGUCCUUGAUCUCCUAUCUGAUACUGGGAUGCAAACCUACGGACUCACCUUUUGAAGCUAAUCAUAAGCUCUUCGGAGGUGUUGGUACUGAGGUGGAUAAGGAGAGAUAUCAACGGUUAGUCGGGAGACUUAUAUACCUUGCUCAUACUAGACCUGACAUUACAUAUGAUGUUGGUGUUGUGAGCCAAUACAUGCAUGAUCCUCGCGAGACUCAUAUGGAUGCAGUCUAUCGCAUUCUAAGAUACUUGAAGACAAAAUCGGGUAAGGGCUUAUUGUUUAAGCCUCAAGGCCACCUAGAUGUUCAAGGAUAUACCGACUCAGAUUGGGAUGGCUCCUUGGAUGAUAGACGUUCCACCUCAGGUUAUUGUGCCUUUGUUGGAGGUAACCUGGUAACUUGGCACAUCAAGAAACAAGCGGUGGUAGUAAGGUCUAGGGCCGAGGAAGAGUACAGAGCUAUGGCUCUUGGCGUUAGUGAGCUCUUGUGGACUCGGUCCCUUCUUGUAGAACUUGGUUUCACACCAACUAGUCUUAUGAAAAUAUUUUGUGAUAACAAGGCUGCUGUCUCUAUUUCUCAUGAUCCGGUUCUACACGAUUGA